ACAGACUUGAAUAGACUGUAUGAAACAAGGGCACAUGCAAGUAGCAUGCUUCGUUAAAAACAUAACCUCUGUAAUAUAAUCAUAGAAUAAUAAGUAAUGUUAUUUACUAACAUGAGAUGAUAAUUAAUAUAUUUUAAUUAAUUAUUAUUAUAUAUAUAUAUUAUACAUAAUUUCAUAUUAAAUGGAGUACUUUACCGAAACAUCAAAUAAUAUUGAUAAUAAACCAAAGUUAACAAAACUUGGAAUUAGUCUUAUAGCAGUAACAGGAGGAUUGGCAGCAGCUAUUAGCAUAAUAUGUAUACCUUUCGUUAGUCCAGCAUUUCGUAAGAUCUGUUUACCCUAUGUACCAGCCACAAAUCAACAAGUACAGAAUGUUCUACAAGCUUUAAAAGGACGUUCAGGUUCAUUGAUUGACCUUGGCAGUGGAGAUGGACGUAUUGUUUUAGCAGCAGCAAAAGCUGGUUUUAAGUCAUAUGGUAUAGAACUAAAUCCAUGGCUUGUAUGGUAUUCUAGAUUAACAGCUUUUACAAAUGGUUUGUCAUCCAAGACUCGUUUCUUUAGACGAGAUUUAUGGAAAUGUAAUUUACAGGACUACAAUAAUGUGAUUUUAUUUGGUGUUGAACAAAUGAUGGAAGAUAUUGAACAAAAAUUUAAUACAGAAUUGCAAAAAGAUUCUGUAAUAAUAGCUUGUAGAUUUCCUCUUCCUAAUACAAAUCCAAUAGCAACCAUUGGCGAAGGUGUUGAUACUGUGUGGUUAUACAAAAGAUAAAACAGUUGCAAAAAGUAAAAUGAGAUACAAAUGUGUAUUUCAAAGAUGUUUUCUCUAUCUUUUUUGCUAAAUUACGAUAAUAAUAAUAACAAAGUACAAGACAUUUAAAUAUCUCUAACAAAAUUGAUGCGUUUU